AUGCAAAAUGUUAUCAAUCCUCCUCACACUGUUCCCAUGACAGAAAAACUUAUUGUCAAGGAAGUAUUAAAGCAAGACACUUUUGGCAGGGAACAUCAUGUCAUGGAACCCCAGACAAACAUGCCUGCUGGACGUAACAAACCCACUUUAGAUUGUCUGAUGGAAGGGGAGUCCAAGACCAGGCCCAUAAGGAGACAUCCACUCACCAUCCUCUCCACUCAGCUCUCUGAUGAAGGAUUGCAGGUUCCCACACCCUCUGCUUAUCAGCAACAAAGCAAGGAGGAGACUGAGGUCAGGGCAUAUCAUUUGGGGGCUCGCCUGGGAUCCCCCCAAACCCACCAGACCCCAAGUCAACGGGUCGUCCCUGAGACCGAUCGACCCUCCACCCUAUCAUCCCCUCCCCUCAUACCCCAAGCUCUGCCCGCAGCAUCUGUCCCACCAGUCGCCCCGCUAGUUGCCCCCCCAGGGGAACCAGGAGGACGGGAAGUGGCAGCUGCGCCGGAACCAGGAGGACGGCAGGCAGCAGCCGCGCCGGGCCCCAUUGAAAACGAAACCAACCACGAGGGGCCAGCCGGCCGAACCUGCGGUCGCACCCAGCGUGAGCCAAACCCUCGCCUCCCUGACUCCACUGUGGCCCUACCCCUGCGGGAAAUAGGACCCCCAGAUGAAACAGGCAACCCUAACCCUCGACUCCAGUAUUGGCCCUUUUCCACCAGUGACCUUUACAACUGGAAAACACAGAACGCUCGAUUCUCUGAUAACCCUAAAGACCUAAUAGCUCUUUUAGACAGUGUCAUGUUCACCCACCAGCCCACCUGGGACGACUGUCAGCAGCUCCUCUGCAUCCUGUUCACUACAGAGGAGCGAGAGAGGAUCCAAUUAGAAGCAAGAAAGCUGGUUCCCGGAAACGACGGUAGGCCGACAUCUAACCCUGACCUCAUUAAUGCGGCUUUCCCCGAGCCAGACCUCCACAGGACGAAUGGGACUACAACACGGCAGAAGCUGCCGAGACACCUGAAGCCUGCAUCCAGGGAACCGAAAGUCUCCUGCGAACUCUGGGAACCUUAGGCUACCAUGCCUCAGCAAAGAAGGCUCAGAUCUGCAAGUCAGAGGGACUGCUGUUGAACCCCCUCAAGGUCAUCUUCACCCCCCCAAUGGCCCUGAACCCAGCAUCACUGCUGCCAGACCCAGACAUGGGAACCCCACUUCAUGACUGUGCUGACAUACUGGCUCAAGUUUAUGGGGUCCGGGAGGACUUGCAGGACCAACCAUUAUCAGAUGCAGACGCC